AUGAGUUCAGAUAGUGUAAUAGACAAUAAAAGGAUUAAAAAAUUAGCUAUAUCUAAACCUAUAGUGUAUGGCAAUACUGCCAAAAAAUUAGAAGAAAGCGCAAGAACUGAUUAUAUCCCUAAAGAGCAUACUCACUUAUGGACUGUUUUUGUUAAAUCGCCAACAAUCAAUGGCGAUCAAGAUUUGACAAAGUAUAUUAAAAAAGUCAUUUUCAAAUUGCAUGAAACUUAUCCAAAUUCCAUUCGGACUAUCGAACAACCACCUUUUGAAGUCACCGAAACAGGUUGGGGCGAAUUUGAAAUUAAUAUCAAAAUUGUUUUUCAGGAUGGUAGCAACGAAAAAAUUAUCAAUUUUUACCAUCUACUAAGAUUACACCCAUACUAUAUGAUACCAAAUGUCUCAACUGACAAUGGUACUCCUAAUAAUGGCACGAACGCUAAUAAAGAUAUUAAAAACACACAUACAAUUGUACCUGCUUUUAAAAAGCAAAAUGUAAUUGCAAAAGAUGGUGAAAAAUUGAAAAUAGAUGAAGAUAAAGGUCAUGUACAAAGCUUGUUUUUCGACGAAAUCGUAUUUAAUGAGCCUUAUAUAAAAUUUUUUCAACACAACUUAUUAGCCCCUUCAAUAUUGCCAAAUAAUAAAACAGAUGCUAAAAUUCAGCCAUUUUCUCGACAAUUGGAAUUAGAAGAAAUUAAAAGGUUGGAUGUUGCAACGGAGGAGGUGGAAAAACAAAUAAAGGAAUAUCACCAAAAGCUUAUAGAUUUACAGAAAUGA